AUGUCCCCGCGUUCAAGGAGGACAACACUCUUGCUGGGCUUGUCGGUGCUGGCUGCGUUGGCCGCAGCGCACAAUGGUUCGCUGAAGCAUCCCGCCGAAUACGCGUCUGGGGUUAUCCGCGAAGCAGAUGUGGCGGCUUGCGGCGCUGUCGAGGCGCUAUCCGCGAUCAAAGAGGAAGUUGAGGAGGCCUCGAGUCCGCUCAUGCGGCAAGUAUUUGCCUGGUUAUUCCCAUUCGGCCCUGGAUGGAACUCCGUCCUCGGAACAUUCUAUAUCUCCUCCGUGCCUAACUUCAUCCUCGCCUUCAUCCCCGCCCAGAUCAAUGGCAACACAUUAAACACCAUGACUGCCUUCGCCACCGGCGGUCUUCUCUCAGAUGUAUUCCUCCAUCUUGUGCCUCACUCAUUUAUGGGCGAACACUCCGGGCAUGGCGUACACUUCGUCAUGGUCGAGGAGAAGCGCAAUAUCCUGGUCGGGUUGGGCAUCUUCAUCGGCUUCGCCACAUUCUUCGUCAUGGAGAAGACUCUUCGCGUACUCGGCGGCGAAGAAGGCCACUCGCACUCUCAUUCACACUCACAUGAACACACUCAUUCCAUCGGCGCCUCCACGGCGGUAUCCGAACCUGCCAACGAUGGCUUGCGAUCUCGCAAAUCCAACGGUACCGCAGAGAAGGAUGAGAACGAGCACGAUCAUGCACACGAGCACGAACAUGGCGACAGCAAGGGUCCCAGCAAACUCUCAGCCUACCUCAACCUCUUCGGCGACUUCGUACACAACAUCACCGAUGGCCUCGCCAUGGCGGCGUCAUUCUACAGCUCUCCACUCAUCGGCGCCACGACAACGCUCGCGUGUUUCGCACACGAGAUUCCGCAUGAGAUCGCCGAUUACUCGAUCUUGAUUCGGAGCGGAUUCACCAAGAGACAGGCGAUGCAGAGCCAGUUCUUGACUGCAGUCGGCGCUUUCGUCGGCACAUUCAUGGGCAUCGCGGUGCACAACCUGGCAUCUGUCGACGGCGCCGAGGACGUCUCCGGCGAUCUGGCCGCUGCAGUGAGGCAGACAGCCGCAGGAAUACUGGGAACGACGGUCCAAAUGGCUGACCUAGUCAUUCCGUUUGUCGCGGGCGGCUUCAUGUACAUCGGCGCAGUUGCCGUUCUGCCGACGUUGCUGGAGGACAGCAAAAGUGGAAAGCAGGCGCUGCGCGAGUUCGCCGCAAUGGCGUUUGGCGUGCUGUGCAUGUUCCUCGUCGCGUGGAAUGAGUAG